AGAAAGAAAGCUUUUAUUUUUGAUUGUGUGAAGAAAGAGAGAGUAGAAAUUGACAGGGAAUGACGGAGACAGAACAAGACAUUGCUGUCUUAACCUCUCUGCAAAUUGCAGUUCCCAUUUGCAUGCCUCAAUCUUGACACUUCCCUUGCAAUCUCUCUCUUCCUCCUCCUCCUCCUCCCCGGCGUGCCCCGGACCCGAAUAUCUGCCCACACUCAAUUCGGAUCCUUCUUCCUCACCCCCAUUUCCUGUGCUUUUACUUCAGUGGGGGAGCUUCCUGAGAAUGUACUCGGCGAUUAGGUCGCUGCCUUUGGAUGGGACGGUGGGCCAUGGUGGGGAGUACCAGGGCUCGCUUGACGGGACCAACUUACCUGGAGAUGCCUGCUUGGUCCUCACCACGGAUCCCAAGCCCCGCCUGCGCUGGACUGCCGACCUUCACGAGCGCUUCGUUGAUGCUGUUACCCAGCUUGGUGGUCCUGAAAGUGAGUUUGUCCAUUUCUCAUUCAUGUGUUCAUAUGUGGGUAUAUUGUUUCUUGUUCUAUUGUGCUUGGAUUGCACAAGUAGAAUCUUGAUGCACAAAAUUGGCUUCGAAGCGACACCGAAGACUAUUAUGAGAACAAUGGGAGUUAAAGGGCUUACACUCUAUCACUUGAAAUCUCAUUUGCAGAAAUACCGAUUGGGGAAGAAAGCAUGCAAGGAAUCAGCUGACAACUCUAAGGAUGGUACCUAUCCUUACCCCUUCACAAAACUACUGCAUUGAGUGCAUCCUAAUAUGAAUGAGAGAACUUCUUUCAUCUUUUUCGUUUUAUUUAUUAUUAUUAAUAUUUUGCUCCUUGAGGGCCACAUCAAAGGAAGGUUUCUUCCCGCAUUAGCCUGGUUAUUGGUUGCUCCUUCCUCUUAUUUUUUGAACAUUCUAUCAGUGCACUGAUGAAGAGAAACUAAACAUCUUGGGGUUUGUAAUCCUGGGCUGUUGGGGUUUUAAAAGAUGGCUACACUGUUUUAUCUUUUUUCUUCUGGUUGUUAAUUUAACCUUUUGGUUUAUCUGGCAUUUUAGUUCAUCUCAUAUCUUAAAAUUCUUAUGAGUCAUUGACCAGUAAUGAUCUGUAGUUGGCGUUGCAGCUUCCUGUGUUGCAGAAAGUCAGGAUACUGGUUCAUCUACCACAUCAUCAAGAAUGGUUGCACAAGAUCUAAAUGAUGGCUACCAGGUGACUGAGGCUCUACGAGUACAAAUGGAAGUGCAGCGCAGACUGCAUGAACAGUUAGAGGUACAGCGUCAUCUUCAACUCCGAAUUGAAGCACAAGGCAAAUACCUACAGUCAAUACUUGAGAAAGCAUGUAAGGCUCUGAAUGACCAGGCUGUGACAUUUGCCGGUCUUGAAGCUGCUAGGGAAGAACUUUCUGAGCUGGCCAUCAAGGUCUCCAAUGAUUGUCAAGGGAUGAUACCACUUGAAACCACAAAACUGCCAUCCUUGUCUGAACUUGCUGCAGCUCUGGAGAGCAAAAAUGCUUCCAACAUGCCAGCUCGUAUUGGCAACUGCUCUGUCGAAAGCUGCCUGACUUCAACCGGAGGUCCUAUUUCUCCC